AUGUGGUGGUUUCCAGCAGACCGACCCGGACGGCGGCGACCAUUCUCGACGUGGAUGAAGAAGCUCACCAGCUUCAAGAGCUCCUCGGCCGACGGCUCUUCAACCUCUCCCAACAAGAGAAGCACGUACCAGAUGAAGUCGAACUCGAAGCGGCACGCAAAUCUGAAGAAGAACAAUCCAUAUCCAGAGUCGGGAACAGUGAAUGGGCACACCUCAAUUCCAAACGGAAAUGGACACGAUUCCUUCUCGACCGGACCUACCGGAGUCUCCAUGAGCACACCAUCGCUCCAUCAUACUAGAGACUCGGCACGAUCCUCACAAGAUGACCAUCCUGCUCCGACCAUUGGCAACAAGUCAACCGCGCCGACGAUGUCGACCGAACCCGAUACGGCACGCUCGGAGGCGGCACCCUCACACGCACCCUCUUCAGGAGAGGCAACAAAUGCAACCGUCGGUGGCAUAAACUCAACUCGUGGGGCGGAUAGCACAUUCUCCUCCCCCGCUCCAUCGGUGAGAUCGUUGACCACCACCCUCACCACUAUCCAUUCGGCGGUUGGCCCGACAGCUCCUACCACGACCGGCACCAACACGCAAACGGUACAAUUCUCCCACCAGUUUCCUACAUCACCACCCCCGAAUGCUCUCCCAGCACAUCUGGCGCCCGCUGCGAGCGGUGGCCAUCCCGCGACCUACAACACGGCGACUGCGAACAAUCUUCUGACGGACAAUGCCUCAAUACUUACUUUGGCAUCUUCAUCAAAGAGGAGGAGAAGGCGUUCAAUGGACACCGAUGCAUCAGUCCGCGCAUUGGCACCCUCAUCGCUGUUUGGGGGCAGCCGCGAAAGUCUUCCGCUGAGUGUGCUGAGUGCCAAUAUCGAUCCAUCUGCUGCCACGCCUACUCCUCAUCAACCGCGGCAGAGUGUGGGUGGAUUGAACGAGAGAGCUAGUAUAUAUUCCGCAACUGGAAUCGCACCGGCAUUGCCAAGUGAGCGUAAUAGUUACUAUGCUGGCAAACAAUCGACUGCUGCGGAUGGAGGAAGCAUUAAGAGCGGAUUGCUAGGACAUGGCAGAAAUGGUAGCAUCAGUGGUAGCAUUGGAGGACCCAAUCUACCACCUGGAAGUCCUCUGGCAGCCACAAGGGACGGUAUUCCUCAAUCUUCCGGGGGAUUGAGUCGCACCAAUUCUGGCUUCGAGGGUGCGGAUGUGGACAAGAAAGAAGAACACAAUCAAGGGGAACAUAAGGGCAACGGAAAAGCAUAA